AUGAACAGCACUCCGAGGGACGCCCCUGGCCCUGGCCACCGCGAGUGCCUCCUGCCUUCUGUGGCCCGGACCCCCUCUGUCACCCAGGUCACACCGGCCAAGAAGAUAACCUUCCUCAAGCAAGGGGAUCCCCGGUUUGCUGGGGUCCGCCUGGCCGUUCACCAGCGCGCCUUCAGGAGUUUUGGGGCCCUGAUGGACGAGCUCUCUCAGCGGGUACCGCUCUCCUUUGGGGUGCGGUCGGUCACCACACCCCGGGGCCUGCACGGCCUCAGUGCUCUGGAGCAGCUGCAGGAUGGUGGCUGCUAUCUCUGCUCCGAUAAGAAGCCCCCCAGAACCCCCGGCGGGCUGGGCCAGCCCCGGGGGAGAAGCCAUUCCGCUCAGCAGUUGAGGGUAUUCGAGGCACCGGGAACAGCCUCUACCUGCAAAGGUCUCAAAGCCUCGAGGAGGAUCAUGCUGGUUAAGAAUGGGGACCCUCGGCUCCAGCAGACUGUGGUGCUCAGCCACAGAAACACCAGGAGCCUGAUGGCCUUUCUCAGCAAGGCGUCGGACCUACUGCGCUUUCCCGUGAAGCAUGUGUAUACGGCCAGUGGGAAAAGGCUGGACUCUCUGAAGGCUCUGCUGCGAAGCCCCUCCGUGCUGGUGUGCGCCGGUCUCGAGCCCUUCAGACCUCUGGCAAUGGAAGAUAUCAGAAGAAAAGGAAGUGAACCUUCAUCUGGGCAGACUUCAAGGAACAAAAGUGGGAGCUGGGGGCCCAAGGCCAAACAGAGCGUGAUCCACGCACGGUCCAGGCUGGAGAACAGGUCACGGCAGUUCUCCCUGAUGUCGGAGAGGUCGGGGCUCAGCGACCCCCCGGUCUGCCCACAUCGAGCCUGCAUGUGCCCUGCCCCCGACAGGCACCCUCUGAACACUCCUGCCCGGCUCGGCCCCUUGGUGGCAGGUGAAGACAUCGAGAAGAACGUGAGCGUGAAUGAGGAUGGCAGCCUAUCGGUAGAGAUGAAAGUCCGCUUCCACCUGCUGGGGGAGGACCCGCUUCUGUGGUCCAGGAGGCUCGGGGGGGCCAGCACCCUCACCGUGACCUGUGGGGAGGGCCCCGACGCUGGGGAGGAGGAUCUCCUUGGCUGUGUGUGGAAGGGCCACUCUGAGGACCCCUCAGAGCCUAGGGCACAGGGGCUGGGGCCCUGCGAGGCGGGAGGGGAGGGAGCCUUUGACCAAGGCCAGCGGCAGCCAGGGUCCAGAUACGAGAUCUGGAUGAACCCCCUGUACACCUCCCAGGGAGAGUGGUCGGCCUCUCGGUGGAGGUCGGGGCUGACCCAGAACUCCCACUUCAGGGCCCCCAGGAGCCAAAGGGUCACCAGCAGGAGAAGAGGGAGCAAGGACAGGGCCAGCCCUGCCUCCAGCGACAGACCCCCUGGAGGCUCUGAGCCAAACUCCUCCUGCUGCUCUGGGUCCCUGGAGGAUGCUGUGGCCAGCUGUGGCCCACAUCUGGCCUCGGGGGCUGGUGAAGGCAGAGGCGAGGGAGCAGCGCUGGGCCGCAGGGACCGUGAUGGUUGCCUGAAACUCAGGACCGGUGGCCUGACAGAUGCUCUUCCUGACUCCUCCGCGAGUGCUGGGUCUCACGAGGAGUGCAGCGAAAGGGACAAGCCGUCCCAGGGCCGCCCCAGCAAGACUUCCCGGGGGGCCACCCAGCAGGGAGUUCCGGGUUCCCCCACUGUGAACCCCUCAUCUAUAGGGAACAAGGACCCACAGGCAGAGGAGAUCGGACAGGGAGUGGGGCACCCCCAGGCCAGAAAUAGGUCUAGGGUGAGGCCACGCUCGGCUCGGGGCCCGGCUGGUUCUGGGGAUGAUGCGGGAGGCUACACCCCAUCUUCUGCCUGUGCCUCAGCCCUGGGCAGGAGCGGAAAGCAGGAGAGCAGAGCCAGCGCCCUGUCCUCACCCAGCAUUUCUGUCCUCAGCCGAGGGGCCCAGAGGGCCCACCCCAGGCAGCGGCACAACCCAAAGGACAUCCACUGCCCGCUCGACCCGCCUGUGUCCCGGCCAACGCCACGGCCGUCCAGCAGAGACAGGGCCCACCCACACGGCCCCCCACCCAGCCUUUCUGAAAGCCCGCAGGGCACCUGGAACCAGGCCUCCCGGGACCCAGGGCCACCCUUCUCGGCCUCUCGUUAUUCCCCGGACACACACGGGCUAAGCAGCAUCCCCAUUACCCCUGGGAGCAAUUCUGACUGUGUUUCCAAUUUCUACCUCCCCGAUUCCCCCUCUGCUGAGACCGAAGGGGGCCCUGAGUUCAGGCCGUGCUCACCGGCUCCCACACCUUCGGACACAUCUGGCCUGUUCAGUGCCCCAGCUGAUGGCCUGGGAGAAAAGACUGGGGGUGACAGAUUCCAGCCUUCCUGGCCCUUGGUCCUGCCAGCCGGGUGGCCUGAGGGAGGGAGGCUGGGAGCACACUGGGGCAGCAGCCAUUCACACCUGGGUACACCCUUGGCUCGGGGGUCCUCCUGUGGGACGAUGCGGAUGAUGCCAGCCCCACAGCCACAGGGCGGCCAGGGCCCCUCCUCCAAGGCCUGCUGGGUGUGCAGCAGGUACUGUCCCAAGCCCCCCAGGACACGGCCCUCGGGCAAGAGGCAUCCUUCAGGCUGCCGCAGCGAGGGUGACCACAGCGCUGAUGGGGAGCCUGGUGGGGGCAAGGCGGGGGAGGAAAAGUUGGAUGCGCGGCAUCCGCGGCCCCCUGGCUCUCAGGGAGCGGCCUCGGGGAGAGUAGUCAGAGCUGUGAGAAGGGGCAGCCCUCGCAGCGGUCCCCAGCUCCAGAGAAUGGCCCAGGGGAAGCUUUCAGGCAGAGGUGGCCUGGAGGAGCGAGAGGAAGGUGGCGGCGAGCUGCUGGGAGCUCUGCCCCGAGCCUCCCCGGAAGCCGUGGUCCGUGCGUGGCUGAGCAAUAUCCCGGAGGAGCCCAUGAGACACGAGCUGGAGGACGAGGGUGAGGAUGUGGCCGGGCAUGGCCUGGAAGGCCCUCAAGAGGACCCUGUGGGCAAACAUUCCCCAGAUGGCCCGGAAGGAUCAGUUUGGGCCGGACAACUGCCCCUGGAACAGGCAGCCAGUGAGGAAGCAGAACCAGAGGAAGUCUUUCCAGUGGCUAGCCGUGCUAGUCCCAAGUCAGCAGAGGGUCUGCCUUGCGGUGGAGUGUCAGAAACCCCUCCAGAGGCUGGAACCAGCAAAGGAGUGGCUGUGGACGGUGGGAGAGGCCAGCGCGUGCUUCCCAGGAGGGUCUCCACCUCCUUACAGAUCAUGAAGGCGCUGAUGGGGUCCCGGCCGGGCCGGCCCAGCAGUCUGCCUGAAGUGUCCCACUCAGAGGGCAGGAGGCUUAGCCACUCAGCCCAGGCCCUCAUCACCUGCCUCGCCAGACUCCACUUCUUUGAUGAUGAUGAUCUUGGGUCUCCCGCUAGCAAAGUGAGGUUCACAGACUCCCCUCGGUACCAGCAGCUCCUAAGUACCUUCCAGGCCCUGUGGCCAGGGAGUGGCCUCAGGAACAGUGAGCUGGAAUCGGACCUCCAGGAGCUUGGCUGGCGCCAGGCCCUGCCAGCCCUCGGGCCCCACGUUGCAACCGAGGACUUCAGGCCCACGUCCUCCUCUGGGGUGGAUGUCGGCAGUGGCUCUGGAGGCUCAGGGGAGGGCAGCGGACCCUGCACCGUGGACUGCAGCCUGGUGUCCGAGAAGAUGGAGCUGCCCUUGAGCAUCUCCUGCCAGGGACCUGAUUCCAGAACCUUGGGGACCCCAGCAGUUCCAGGAAACCGACCGCUGAGUAGUUAUGAGGCUGAGGGUGCUGCCAGUGAGGAUAGGGCAGAAAAAAAUGGCAGGGAGCAGACGCUGGGUGGUGACCCAGACCAAGGAGAUAAAAACACAAUGGAGGAAGAGGGGGUACAAUUAGAGGAAAUAAAAGAAGGAAAAGAAAGAGCAGAACUGCAAGUAGAGGGUGUCAGAGGGUUUCUGGAAGAGGAAGGAAUCAUGGAACUAGAAUUGUCGGGGGCAGGCUCUCAGGAUGGGGCUGGUGUCUGGGAAAAUAAGAGCCUGCAUGAAGAGGAGCCAGGAGACUCCACUGCCGUUGCCACGCAGAGCUCAUCAGGGAGGAGAGGGAGCCCGACAGAGCCCCCCAGGAGCCUCAGCGAGAGGUACCUGGACGCCAGUGGGAGUCAAGGUGGCCCCAAAGCUGAGCCCCCUUUGGAGAAGUUGCUCGGAGCAGCUGAGACUGGCUGUGGGCAAACCCUGGACAAGCUCACCCAGGGGGCUGGUGAGACGGGCACUUGCAAGGCCCGCAGGGGGUCUCUGAUCUCUGACCCUAUGUGGGUGUCCAAGUUGUUGAAGAAGAUGGAGAAGACCUUCAUGGACCACCUCGCCGCUGCCACGGCCGAGCUCUGCACCCGCUGGGGCCUGCAGGGCGACCCCCUGCUGGAUCAGAUGGUGGCCGAGCUGCAGCGGGACAUGAGCCAGCGGCUCCAGGACAGCGUGGAGAAGGAGCUUCUCAAGGUCCAGAGCUGGGCAGGGGGCGCGGGCGCGGGGCCGCCCAGGGAAGCCCUCCGCUGGGAGGCGUCCCUGCAGACGGAGCAGCGCAGGCGGCGCCUCCAGGCCCUGCGCAACCUCUCGCCCUUCUCCGAGCAGACGCGGGGCCGGGGGCCCCCCUCCUUCUCCCUGGAGGACCUGCCGGUCUUCAGAGGAGCCCUGGGGUCCCAACUUGGGGUAGAGGCCAAGGGGGAGGAGUUCUGUCCCUGCGAGGCCUGCGUGAGGAAGAAAAUGGUUCCUGCACCCCCAGUGGAUGUUGUGGGGUCAGCCAGCGCGCCCAUCAGAAAGGCCUUCGACCUGCAACACAUUCUGCAGAAGAAGAAAGGAGGGUGUGCUGACGGGGAGACAGCGGAGGUGGCCACCGCUGUGGAGAGGGAGGCGGAGCCCCUUCACAGGGACCCCUCGAGGACAGGCACUGUCCGGGGAGCUGAUGGAGACCCUGAGCCGGGAUCAGGCCAGGGCCCUGGAGCAGAGGAGGGGGACACCUGGGGGACAGAGGAGGAGGCGGGUGCUCAGGAGAAGGAGGGGCAAACAGAGCCCUGUGUGAGCAGAAACCCCUGGGAGGGGCUGGGGAGGGGGGAGCAGGGCAUGGGCGGUGAGGAAGGAGACCUGGAGGUGGGCUGGGGGGCUGAGGACACUGGGGAGGCUCAUGCCCUGGGAGGAGGUGGCCUGGGUCCAGGAGGACAAGAGGCUGGUGCUGGAACAACAGAGGCCUGGGAGGCUGCAAGGGAGAAGGGGUCAGAGACAGGAGGAGGAUAUGGAGGGGACGAAGAAGGGGGCCCUCAGGUUGGCCUGGGACAUGGCCAGUCCCGUGAGGCUUUUGGAGACAGGAGCCCUUCCCCAGGGGCAGACCCGCCCCAACAGAGGUCAGGCCCCAGGUCAGGCCUCUCAUCCUUCAGCACAUCUUCUCUGGGGAACUGCUCUCUGCUCUCUCAGAAAGGCUCCGAAGAUGAGCCGUGGGACAGAUGCAUGAGGAGCAUUGAAGACCAGGCCACAGACGUCCUUGAUCCAGAGAGAAAAGUCACAGGCAUGUAUCCAGAAAGUUCUGCUUCUGAGCAAGAAGGGGCCCCAUCAUGUUCCAGAACUCCAGAGCAAGGGACAGAGGAAGGUCUGAGUCCAGAACAGAGCAAAGAGGAAGGUCUGGCUUCAGAGCAGGAGACAGGGGAGGGCCCGGCUCCAGAAGAGGGAGAUGAGGGCCCAGCUCCAGAGCAGGAGACAGAGGAGGGCCCGGCUCCAGAAGAGGGAGAGGAGGGCCCGGCUCCAGAGCAGAAGACAGAGGAGGGCCUGGCUCCAGAGCAGGAGGAAGAGGAGGGCCCAGCUCCAGAAGAGGGAGAGGAGGCAUCCUACACGCCGCGGCGGCUGCAUGGGAAGGCAUGGCUGCCGCCGAGGCCGCGGCUGAAGCCCGUGGACAGGGCCCAGGUGUCCGGGUGGCGGGCCUGCCUGCCCAGUCGGGUCCCCCAGGCUUGCCCCAGAGCCUGCACUGUCAUAUCUGGAGCCUUAGGCAGCCUUGCCAAGUCUCUCCAUCAAGGCUGA